UACCGGUAAGGCGUUAGUACUGUCAAAACAGACAUCGUCACAUGACAAUAUCCAACUUCCGCAUCUCAUCUGUUAAAGUUCAGUCAAUCAGUCAGUGCAUCACGACAUUCAGACAUGGCUUGCUCAAGGGUUGGAGUUGUGCUACUGUGUUCCCUCUUUGCAAGUACACUUGGUGUGCCGCAGACCUUCAGUGUGGACUACAAGAACGACUGCUUCCGUAAGGAUGGGGAGGAGUUCCGCUACAUCUCCGGUAGCAUCCACUACAACAGGAUCCCCAGGGCCUACUGGAAAGACAGGCUACUCAAGAUGUAUAUGGCCGGACUGAACGCCAUUCAGACGUACGUCCCCUGGAAUUUCCACGAGCCCUCCCCGGAUCGGUACAACUUCAGUGGGGACAGGGAUCUAGAACACUUCCUGCAGUUGGCCCAAGACAUUGGUCUGCUGGUUGUACUGAGGCCUGGGCCCUACAUCUGUGGAGAGUGGGAUAUGGGGGGUUUGCCUGCCUGGCUGCUCCACAAGAAAGACAUUGUCCUGCGUUCCUCAGACCCAGAUUACAUUGCGGCUGUUGACAAGUGGAUGGGCAAACUACUGCCAAUGUUGAAGCCAUUCCUUUAUCAGAACGGUGGCCCAAUCAUCACUGUUCAGGUGGAGAAUGAGUACGGCAGCUACUUUGCCUGUGACUACAACUACCUGCGUCACCUGACCAGUCUGUUCCGCUCCCACCUGGGGAACGACGUGGUGCUGUUCACCACAGACGGGGCCGGUGCCGGGUACCUCAAGUGUGGCUCUCUGCAGGGUCUCUACGCCACUGUGGACUUUGGCCCAGGUGGGAAUGUGUCUGCUGCAUUUGAUGCACAGAGACAGGCAGAGCCCCAUGGACCCUUGGUGAACUCUGAGUUCUACACUGGCUGGCUGGACCACUGGGGAGAGCAUCACUCUACAGUGUCCACCGCCAUCGUUGCCAAGUCCCUCAACGAGAUCCUCGCCAUUGGCGCCAGCGUUAAUCUAUACAUGUUUAUUGGAGGAACCAAUUUCGGAUACUGGAAUGGUGCCAAUACCCCCUAUGCCCCCCAGCCUACUAGUUAUGACUAUGACGCCCCUCUCACUGAGGCAGGAGACCUCACUGACAAAUAUUUUGCCAUCCAGGAUGUCAUCAAACUGUAUCGGAAGAUACCAGAGGGACCCGUGCUUCCAUCAACACCUAAAUAUGCCUACGGAGCUGUGCCAAUGAAGAAGCUCCACACAGUAGUCGAUGCUCUAGAUAUACUAUCCUUCUCCGGUCCUGUCAAAAGCGUCUACCCGUUGACCUUCAUUGAGAUGAACCAACCGUUUGGGUUCGUCCUCUAUCAGACCAAGCUGCCUGUGGACUGCAGUAAGCUCACCCCUCUGUCCUCACCACUGAAUGGAGUCCACGACCGGGCAUAUGUAUCAGUCGACGGGGUUGCUGUUGGGAUCCUAGAGAGGGACAAGGCCCUGACCAUCAACGUGACUGGGAAGGCUGGGAGUCAGGUGGACAUACUGGUGGAGAAUAUGGGCAGAGUCAACUAUGGGAAAGACAUCAACGACUUUAAGGGCCUGGUGUCUAACCUGACAUUGGGGGCCGACAUCCUCACCGGCUGGGAAGUCUACAGCCUCAGCAUCGACCAGGCUGUUAGCCAGGGUCUUCUCUGGGGGAUGGGCUCCAGGGAAGCUGGCACCCCACCACCUUCUCCCCUCUCCAUCCCCUCCUUCUAUGGGGGCACCUUUGUCAUCCCGGACGGCAUCCCAGACCUGCCCCAGGACACCUACAUCCAGUUCCCUGACUGGAGAAAGGGCCAGGUGUGGAUCAACGGUUUCAACCUGGGCCGCUACUGGCCCGCUCGCGGCCCACAAAUCACUUUGUACGUGCCCGCUAGCAUCCUGAGCACGGCCGCGCCCAACAAUGUGACCGUCCUAGAGCUGGAGGGGGACCCAUGCACCCCCGGGCCAUGUACUGUGGAGUUCGCCAACACCCCGGUCCUGAAUGCCACGGUUAAGUCUGACCACAAACACCAGAGGGCGCUGUUCCAUAAAGAGGAUCUCUUAUGAUGAGCACUGAUGACAAAUGCACUUACUGUAUUUAUCUGGAAGUGAUCUAUUUGCACUGACCUUUAUAAAAUCAAAGAGUAAUGUUUGUAAUUUAAUCACAGGUGGCUGUACCUCUCAUAUUACCUCUGACAAUUCAGUGUCUUAAAUCAUGUAGGCUUUGUUUACACAAGGAUCUGUAUUCAAGGGUAUUUUAGUAUGAGUCAUUUGAACAGUAUGUAUAUAUUUAGGGAAAUUGAAUCAAGUUCACCAAGGAAAAUGAGUCAUUUAGAAGUGCUAUGAACUUGAGUAGUACUCUAAAUAUAAGUUGAGGCCAGUGGUGCUCAAAUCAUGAGCCUGGAGGUCCAUAGUACUGCUGGUUUUCUUUUUAUGUCGGGGCACUAUGCAGCCGACAAUGCCCCUUUUUAAAGGCAUUUUCCCUGGAUCAUACGGCAACAUUACCGAGGACCUGCAGCUUGUCGGGGUGCAGUCUGAGGAUAGCAGCAAAUCAAAUCAAAGUUUAUUUCUCACGUGCGCCGAAUGCAACAGGUGUAGACCUUACAGUGAAAUGCUUACUUACAGGCUCUAACCAAUAGUGCGAGAAAAAAAAAGUAUGUGUGUGUGUGUGUGUAGGUGUGUGUAGGUAAGUAAAGAAAUAAAACAACAGUAAAAAGACAUUUGAAAAUAACAGUAGCGAGGCUAUAUACAGACACCGGUUAGUCAGGAUUAUUGAGGUAGCAUGUACAUGUAGGUAUGGUUAAAGUGACUAUACAGAUAUGAUGAACAGAGAGUAGCAGUAGCGUAAAAAGAGGGGUUGGCAGGUGGUGGGACACAAUGCAGAUAGCCCGGUUAGCCAAGCACUGGUUGGUCGGGCCAAUUGAAGUAGUAUGUACAUGAAUGUAUAGUUAAAGUGACUAUGCAUAUAUGAUGAACAGAGAGUAGCAGCAGCGUAAAAGAAGGGUUCGUGAGAUCUGGCCAUCUGUGCUGUUUGCGAAGGCCAUAGUGGAGUUUGGAGUGUAACUGUUUGAGGUUGUGGACAGGUGUCUUUACUGAUACUGAUAACAAGUUCAAACAGGUGCCAUUAAUGUCAGGGCACUAUGCAGCCGACAAUGCCCCUUUUUAAAGGCAUUUUCCCUGAUGUUCACUGAGAUCACAUUCAUGGUAACGCUGGCAUGUCUGCUCAAGUGUAAAUGACCUUUAAAAGUAUCUUAUAGUGCGCUGCGCUAUAGAGCGCCUUGAGUUAAAUCCUGCCCUAUAUUGUGAAUUGGGGAACAUGGUUGAGAAGGAUGUGUGCCAAAUGAUCUGUACCUUAUUGUGUGCCACCUAACUGCAGGGAUAUUAUGCUCUCAUUGAUUUCUGUAAUGAACCAUUUGGUGGGUCUUGUAAAUGUAUAGUUCUUGUGUUCAACUCAACCUGAUAUGCUUCCUUUUAACAAUUAGAUUAUUUCAAAUACUUUGGGAUUUCCUUGUAUCUUGGUUGUUAUCAUUUUUGUUCAUGUGUUGUUUAAUGUGCAGGCACAAACCAUGCUGUACCUUUUGAUUUAUAAAUGUUUUAAUAAAAUUUGGUGAAUAAAAUAUGAUAAUGUCAUAGUA